CUUGACAGAGAGAGAAAGAGAGAGAGAGAGAGAGAAAGAGAGAAAGAGAAAGAGAGUAAGAGGCAAUAUUUACUAAAAGUGAAACAGCUCAGAGAACUUCACACUAAACUGAUGAUUUCAGAUACCUGAGGUUUGCAGAUUAUAAAGAGGGUAAUGGUAUUCUCCUUGCCACAUAAUACAGCUGGAACAUAACUUGACACCAUGAGUUCAACUGUUCAGUUACCAAAUGGGGUUGUUGUCAUGACUAUAGUCUAUCCUCAGACUGUAGCUGGAAGUCUCACAGAGAAAAAAGAACCAAACAUUUCCAAAGAAAUCUCUAAUCUGAACACUCCUAGAGAAAUUCAAGAUACAAACAAUCCAAGACCAGCCACUCCAACAGCAUGGCUGAAGUCCUUCAUAAGGACACAGCAAAAGACCCUUGGGGCCAUCCAAAUAAUAAUAGGAUUAAUCAACAUUGGGAUUCCUCUCGCGUUUACCUCCUUUUCAAUUGCACCCAUAUCAGGAGUGGUUUCUUGGGGUGGACUACUGUACAUAGUUUCUGGGUCCCUGACUGUAUCAAAUGACAAGCGAACAAGCAUAAGAAAGGCCAAGAAAACACUAGUAAUGAAUGUGGUGAGCUCCGUGGUAGCUUUUGUGGCAGUAAUUCUUCUUAUUGUUGAUGCAGCAAUCUACAUUCGUUGCUACUAUCCUUAUUGCAACAACUACGACUACUCCUACUGGUAUAAUCGAUAUCCAACAUUAAAGUCCAUUACCAUUAUUCUCUGCUUACUUGAGGAACUCAUCACCAUUUCACUGUCUGUGUACAUAUUUAAGACCUCUCCUUUCAGCAGAUGUUGCCUUCCACAGCCUACAACAAUGAUUGUGACUCCUGAUGUCUUGCAGAUCAAGCAAGCUCCCCUGGCAAUGGAUACUCAACCUGCCCCUCCACCAUACCGCUAUCCUACACCUCUUCUCAAAAAUGAAGCCACGAGUCCUAAGAAUGAAUCUACAGGGGAUUAUUCCCAUCUACUGACCCCAUCAUCAUCUCCUUUGUUAUCACAAGUCACUUUGAGUCAUUGGAGGUGAAUGCUUAAUGGUCAGAUGUGGGGAUUGGGAACACGUAUAAUAAAAAAUCUUACUAAAUUAGUUGCAGUAGUUGAAUUGGCAGUUUUCUCAUAUCCCCCCUACAGUAAGGGAGCAGCUUUCAAACUUCAACAAAACAGUCUUCAUUGGAGAUAGUCUUGAUGAGCCAGGAGGUAAUGAAAUCAAAACAUUGGCCACAACAAUAUUUUUCUGGGAUAGCUAGAUGAAAUCAAAAGCAGUUAUGUAUACUUAAUAUGACCAAAGGUAUGUAUUAAGGAAAAAUUAUAAACAUGCUGGAUUCAUACUUACAAAAGCAGUCUAGAGGAAGUUAAUGAAUAACCAUGGAUAAACAGCAUCCUACCCAUGAUGGGAUACACUUGAAAAGGUUACUGAGACAGUAUCUGAAAUGCCACUUGCCAAGGUUAGAGGAUCGGUAGUGGACCAGUUCAGUUAUUUUCAUGAACAAACACUGCAGGAGUCUAAUGUCUAACAAUAAAGAAUAAAACAAAUGUCAUAUCUAUUAAAGAAUUCUACAGUGUUAUUCCACAUAGUUGUGCAGUUUGUGUUACGGAGUAAUAACACUGCAACAUCUGUGCACAGCUUGUCUUUUGCAUACCAUGAGCAUAUACUUGUUUUUCUACAUGAGUGAAAAAGUGCAUUUAACUUUUUCUGGCUGGUUAAGGCCAGAUUAAGACUAUGCUGUAAAUUUUUAUAACUCAUUGUCUAUGCCCCCACGUUUGGUGAAUCUUUUGCAUAAGCUCCAUUAAUCCAGCAAGGCACCAGCAGUGACUGGAACCUUAUGCUUUCCAUCUUCUCCUUCCACUUUAAUUUUCUGUUUUGUUUUACUCCUAUUUCUAUAGAUGCAUAUCCCAAAAGCAUUGUAACAUUAUGAAACAGAAGCAUUUUUCUGUUUUUGACCAGCUUUUUUUAAUUACUGUUGCCAUAAUUAUCUAUACAUAUCUUAAACACAUUUGACUUAAAGCUAGGAAAAGAGAUUCUGUGCAAAUGCAGAGAUCCAGUGGCAGGCUGUAGUGCCCCACCCCCUCAAACCCCUUAUUGUUGCAAAACCUUCCUCAAAACAUUUUGGGCCCAAUAUAACUUUCUCUGGGUUCAAAAACCACAAGUGGGUAGGAUUCUUGAGUUUCUACGACCCACACAAUAUCCACAGGAGGGUAAAGAUUUGAUUAAUUGUCUCACAGCCAUGACAAAAUUCACAAUGUCUCCCUCAGUCAAAGGCUCAACUAUUGGAUGGAGUCUCCUUUUCAGCACUUUGACAUAGGCUUUCCAAGGAAGACUGCAGUGUGUGACUUUCUAUAACUGGAGAACAGCUUCCUGUUUUUUUCUGAAAAUGGAACUACCAAUCUAGACGUGACUUUCCUGCCUUGCAUGCAGCAUUGAAAAGAUGCUUUAACCAUGGCAUCACAGUACAUCUAACUCCUUCCACUCAUGCAGCCUUUAAAAUUGUUAGACCAUUUGAUCACAACCAUGACCUCAUCUACAGAUAUGCGUCUAAUCUCACCAGUUGCUUCGGGUACUGCUGCCUCAGAAGAGAUCAUGUCUACUGGAUAUGGAUUAGUGUCCCUGGUAAAGGGCAUCAUUUCUCCACCUUUGAUAGGAACAGUCUGAUAAUAUACUAUCCACUCUUCUAAGUCAUAUGAUGGUUUGUCAGAACCUCUUUAUGAUCAUGCCCUCAGCAAACUUCCACACCAAUUCCUUCACUUCAGCAACUACACAGGAGCUACCUCCCUGGCUUAUUACCUAUUGGUCAUAUCCAGAAAACCACCAGUUAGCACUAAAUGAAGUUUUUUUUUUUUCUCUCUGAUACCUUCCCUCAUUUAGGUUGUCCAUCACUGGAUAUUGAGAUUGCCAGUGUAACAAACCCCAUCUUAGAUUAUGGCUCCUUGCUGUUGCUACGACUAUCUUGACCAGAGUCUAAACAUUUGUGUUAUAUUUCCAUUCUGCUAUAGGAUACACAAGAAGCCAAGGGUGUAGUUUUUCCCUUUCCAGCUGUUAAUGCUUUUCAUGGAUAGAAUAUCAAGGCACAGUCCAGUUUUGAAAAGAUCCAGAUUAAGGCUGUAAGGAUUGUAUUUUUGUUUAUCACAGAGAAUGCUCUUCUGAAAUCUAGUGACUGUGAUCUCUGGCAUGCAAGGGAAUGGGUCAGUGAUGAGUUUGUAUCCACUGACAAUGAGAAUCAUCUCAUUAGACUCCAAGGUCCCCUCUCUCGCUCACUCUCUCAGGAACCAAUGGUUUUCUGUCUGCAGGUAAGAGCACAGUGGUUACCACAAGCGGGAGAGUUUAAGAAUCUUGGGGUCAUAUACAUGUCAGAAUAAGGGGGAAGGGUGUAGCUGUGUUUGUACUGUAGGUGUUGUAUCAGACUAAGGCAAGAUAUCAUGUCAAAAUCCAGCUCUGUUAUUUUCCAUCACUGGGUAUCCCCAUCCUUUACAUAUAAUCAUGGACUUUGGGUAGUAACACACAGGAUGAACUAAGUGGCAGAAAUGAAAUUCUGUCAUAAUUUCUGGGCUUAUUCUCCUUGACACAAUGAGGAGCCACUGAUGCCAGUUGGCAAUGUAGAAUACAAAGCUAACAUAUAGAUGGGUUUUCCCUAAAUAAAACUUUACAUUGCCAGAAAAGAAAAAAAAAUAUCCUUAAGGGCAUUUUACUCAAACAAGGCAUAAUUUAUAACAGCAAAAACAAAAUAUAGAAAUUAUCAGGUGCUGCACUGAGUUUGUUAGUCUUUUGUUUCAAUGGAUCCUCCUGGAUUAGCGGAAGAGUUUUAAAACUGAAAAGAUGCUUGAAUUCUGGAAUGAUGUAGAAUGAAGUUGUGAAUAACACAAUUAUUCAGUAUACAGGGUUCCCAUGUGAUCUGCUGGUGACCCAGAUUUAUUAAUAUGUUUAGCUUGACACAUGGUCAGUUAUAACAUGUUUGGAAUGGAAGAGGAUUUUUUUUUUCAUGUUUCUGCAUUUGUUAAUGAAGAUGCACUGACUGCAGUUGAGAACCAGUGGGUGUCGCACAUGUUGGUGCAUGGAUGUCACAGCCUGAUAACAUCACUGUGCUCUGCAAAGUGAAAAAUGCACCCAUGGUCUAAAUACCAUAACAAUCCUAGAACCAUUUUAUAAUCCAGAAUGGGCUGGAAAUGUUCCAUGACCUAUUGGAAUGAUGAAGGCAGGGGAUGCAAGAGAACAAUGUCUCCUUCCUCUUCUUCCUUACAUUGAAGUGAUCAGAAGUGAUCAGAAAAGGUUGGGGGUCCCUGCACUCCCCUUUCCAAUCUCUCUAGCUCGCUCACACACACACACACAAGGUAAGAGUUAAAAGGGUGGGACUAUACCAGAAAGGCUAGACUAAAAGCUAGAGGGCAACUUGAAGAGAAAUUUAAAUGUCGCAUAACCUUUAUUCUUUCUGAAUAAUUCAUAUAUAUGUAAUUCAUCUACCAGAAUUGUUUCUCUGUUUCUUACUGAUUUAACUAUGAUUUAAAAGGAAGAAAAUCUACUUAAACAGCUGUCUGAUAUAUUUUAUUUCAUUUAAUGCUGAUGAGAUUAACUUCUUUAAUGAGAAUGACUUAACAGUAAAAUGAGCCAUAAUUAUGUUAUGUUUGUUUCUAUAAUUGUGUAUCACAGUGUUCAUCUGCCAUUUUUUGUGUAAAUUCACAUUGUUCAAAAUGUUUGAAGUAAAAUAAACAUAUAGCUAUCAUUCCAAUCACA